AAAAGUCUAUGUCUGUAUCUCCCCACUUGUUCCAUAAAUACCAUCCCCUCUGUUGAAUGGAGGUUAUUUUAGAUCGUACAUGUGGCAUAAGGCAUUGAGUCCUGCCACGACGGUCGCUGCGCUUCGAAACCAGUGGCUUUAGUUGAGUUCUUGAAAACACUAAGGUGGACAUGUCUGAGCACACGGAUCAGGAGUCAUACACAGAGGAGAUCGAUGAGGACGAGAUUCUGGCAGGCCUCUCGGCAGAGGAGCUCAAACAGCUCCAGAGUGAGAUGGACGACAUUGCUCCUGACGAGAGAGUACCGCUGGGAAUGAGGCAGAGAGACGCUUCUCAUGAGACGACAGUCCAAGAUUGCAGCGAGCCCCAGUCAGAAGAAGAGAUCGAUGAGGACGAGAUUCUGGCAGGCCUCUCGACAGAAGAGCUCAAACAGCUCCAGAGUGAGAUGGAAGAGAUCGCUCCCGAUGAGAGAGUGCCGGUGGGAAUGAGGCAGCGAGACCAAACUGACAAACCACCCACCGGAUCAUUUGAUCACAGAUCACUGGUGGAAUAUAUGUACUGGGAGAAAGAGUCCAAACGCAUGCUGGAUGAGGAGAGAGUUCCCACAACUCUAUUACCCAGUCAGAAGAAAACCGAUGAGGAGCUUGAAGCAAAAGAAGAAGAUAAAGUUGAAGAGGUGGAAUAUGUCUAUGAGGAGAUCAUUGAGGAGGUUGAGGGAGGAGAGGGAGAUGUUGUUGUUGAUGAAGUGAUAAUGGAGGCUGAAGAAGAGGACAAAAAAAGGAAGCAGCCUGUCGAGAAAGAACUUGAUGCCACCGACCCCAUAGUGAACUCAGAAGAUGGUUUACAGCCGCCUCCAGAAGCUGCAGAUACAAAAGUUGAAGCAAAGACUGAAGAAUCAGGACUUAAUGAGACAGAAUCUAAAGCGAACGAGGAGAAGAAAGCUGAUUCCACCCAGUCUGAACCUGCUCCCUCUUCAUAUGAGAACUGGGUUCCCGAGAAAGAGGAAAGGGUCAUAUCCAAGCUGAAGAUCCCAAAACUCACCCUAGGUGGAAGCACUUUUGUUAAAAAGACCGCAAGACCUUCUGGGAAUGAAACGAAUUUGGAGACCACUUUGGAUAAGAUCCACAACAAUAAUGCCUCUGUCACAGAUGUCAAUCUCAACAACAUUGAAAACAUUCCCAAAGUAAUGCUCCUUGAUUACGUCAAUGCUCUCAAGAAGAACAGACACGUUAAGACCUUCAGCAUCGCAAACACCGGUGCGGACGAAAACGUGGCAUUCGCUCUGGCUAACAUGCUCAAAGAGAACAGAAGCAUCACCACACUAAAUAUCGAAUCCAAUUUCAUCACAGGAAAAGGGAUUGUGGCAAUAAUACGUUGCCUCCAAUUCAAUGAGACACUUACUGAGCUCCGCUUCCACAACCAAAGGCACAUGCUAGGACACCAUGCAGAAAUGGAAGUGUCUCGUCUCCUCAAGGCUAACACCACUCUUCUGAAGAUGGGCUACCACUUUGAACUCCCUGGGCCUCGGAUGGUGGUCACCAAUCUCCUAACCAGAAACUUGGACCGUCAGCGUCAGCAGAGAAUGGAGGACCAGAAGCACCAGCAGAUGAAAGAGCAUAGAAAGCUCAUGGAGAUGUAUGAGAACUCUCUCAACUUGCCCCCUGGCAUGUUGGAAAUGCUAGGAGGCUACAUACCGUUGUCCCUACUGCAGGGUUCUCAAGAUGGGGCUGAGGAGAGUCCUGAGGGUUCUCCUGAACCUUCACCACAACCAAGUCCUCCUCAGCAGCUCCGCAAGACUCAAUUUCUUGACCCACAACAACAUCCUCCUAGUUCAGACACAGGAAUCCUCUUAAAGGAAGUACAACUGAAAAAGACUCCAAAACGAAGGGAUCCACUUCUGGAACUGAACCAAAGGGAUGAGAGGAAAGAGGGAAGAGCUAAUGUUCAGCUGAGGAGUGUUCAUAAACAAAGAAGCACAGCAAGAGAAGGACCUACAGAUGAGAGAGCCAAGCUGAAAGAUGUGAUAAAGACUCUAAAGCCGGUUCCUCGAAGGCGACAGCCACCUAAAGUGGAUCCAACACCUCGGGAUCAGUUGCUCAGCGAGAUUCGACAGAGCAACGUGGCUUAUCUCAAAGCGGUACCUCUUCCAAAAAUCCUGGAGUCAAGCGAAACCAGUCUCUUCUGAGCCACACUCAUGACUUCAGAGAGAGAGGGAGACCAUGCAGAGGGACAGAUCAUGGAUCGAGGACAGAUCAUGUGGCCAAAUGAUUCCAUGGUGCUCCUCAAGGAAUGGACAGAGUAGAGUGUUACGUAAUAAGAGACAGCAGUUGCAUAAUAAUAAGCCACAACACGGUGGGCACUUUGAUGAGGUCCUGAACUGUAAAAUUCAACAUGCACAUCUAUUUAUACUACCAACCCUAUCACUAAAUGUCUGAAUGUUUUUUGGCAACACAUAAUGCACAUGGUAAAUGUAUUCAUUUGUUUGUCUGAAAUUGUGUUCAUGUACUUAUAGUGUUAAUAAACUUAAUAGUGUAAAUGUCA